UUCAGAAAAGACGUGAAAGGGUUAAUUGAGAGUAGGUAACCCUGGUAACCUCUUGGUUUGUUUUCAGAGAUUCAGUGUUAAGAUCAUGUCGAAUGGUUUUUAUUCAGUGUCGUCCCUCUUAGAUUUAUUUAAUAAAUUAGGUGUUGGCUUCCGGCCUGCCAAUGAUCCCUUUUUCGAGAAUGGCAAUAAACUUAUUAAACCCUUUGUUCGCAUGGGAGUAGUUAGCAAUCCUCCAGAUGUCGACUGUUUCCAGCCACUCGAUAUAAUUUACUGCAAUGUCUCAAAUUGUGAGGCCCAGUUUGAAAAGUUGGAAAACUAUGAAAAUCACUACAAUUCAGUGCACAGAUUUACAUGCGCCGAAUGCCGGAAAUCCUUUCCAUCUGCCCACUUGCUAGAUCUGCACCUCUCUGAGAAUCAUGAUUCCUUCUUCCUGGUCAGCUCGAAGAAAAAGCCAAUGUACAGCUGCUAUAUUGAGGAGUGUAGUGAUGUGCAUUGGACCCCAGAGGAGAGACGUGAUCACUGCAUCUCUGUCCACAAAUUCCCGCAUAACUUUCGCUUUGGAUUACCCAUAAAACCUCCCAAGACGAGUUCAGAGGAAUCUCCCGAAGCUCCCAAGAAAUCCCCGGCUGAACCAAAACCAAUGAAAUCCUUUUCAUUCGGGCAUGGUGCUGUGAGGGCUUUCGAAAAGAGUAAUGGCCAUAAGACUGCUCAAAAGCCUCCAUCUCGUAUAUUGGAUGAAGAUGGCAAUCGUGACAUGGUGAUGGAUCUCAUGGAAAGUCUUCCAGAGUAAUUUUUUCUUCGUUUUUUUUUAUAAAUAAAUAUUAAAUACAUUUCUAAAAUUUGCAAAAAAUCAGCAAAAUAAAUAGUUCUCUAUACACUAAGAA